AACCAAAAAAGAGGAAGAGAAGGCGGCGAAUCUACGAGGCAUAUCCUCUAAGAUUACAGGUAGAUCCACGGCAUUUGGUUCCAGUGCUAGCGUAUUAUGGUACAUAGAGAUACAUAUUAUAAUCACAUUUUGAAUAUCAUGAAGAGAGGGGAGAACUUGUAACUUUGGAAGAGGAGAAACAGACUCAUUGAAGGAGAAAGGGAGAUAAGGCAAAUCCAUCGCCAUGGGUUUGCCAGACUUUGCACCAUUGAUAUUUCUGUCACUCAUAGCUGGCAGUGUAGCAAGACCUUUAUAUCCACUCCCUAGUAAAGCAGGAAAUGAUAAUAGACAGCCACUGCAAACUUCUCGUGCAUAUAACAUUGCUCAUAGGGGUUCAAAUGGCGAGAUCCCGGAAGAAACUGCAGCAGCAUAUAUGAGAGCCAUUGAUGAAGGUGCAGACUUCAUAGAAACAGAUAUCUCAUCCACCAAAGAUGGUGUUCUCAUAUGCUUCCAUGAUGUUACCCUUGAUGAGACAACUGAUAUCGCAGAACACAAGGAAUUCAGGAAUCGUAAAAGGACGUAUGAGGUCCAGGGUUUCAAUAUUACUGGUUUUUUCACUGUUGACUUCACAUUGGAAGAGCUAAAGACAUUACGAGUGAAGCAGAGAUAUAGCUUCCGUGAUCAACAAUACAAUGGAAAAUUCCAGAUUAUUACUUUCGAGGAGUUCAUUGCAAUUGCACUAGAUGCCCCGCGAGUCGUUGGAAUAUAUCCAGAGAUUAAAAGUCCAGUUUUUGUAAACCAGCAUGUGAAAUGGCCAGGCAGCAAGAAAUUUGAGGACGAGUUUGUGCAGACACUUAAGAAGUAUGGAUAUGGAGGUUCAUAUAUGUCGAAAAAUUGGUCGAAACAACCAGUUUUCAUCCAGUCCUUUGCUCCAACUUCACUUGUGUAUAUAUCAAAUAUGACAGACUCACCUAAAAUCUUCUUAAUAGAUGAUGUUACCAUCCCAACUCAAGACACUAAUCAGUCAUACUGGGAGAUAACGUCCGAUGCUUAUCUGGACUUCAUUAAGGACUACGUCGUCGGCAUCGGACCUUGGAAAGAUACCAUAGUUCCUGUAGUCAAUAAUUAUUUGCAGACACCUACAGAUCUUGUCGCAAGAACACAUGCUCGUAACCUACAGGUCCAUCCCUACACUUUCCGGUCCGAAAACAGUUUCUUACACUAUGACUUUCAUCAAGACCCGUUUAUGGAAUAUGAUUACUGGAUUAACAAGAUAGGAGUCGACGGACUGUUCACAGAUUUUACAGGCAGCCUCCAUAAUUAUCAGGAACUGGCGUCUCCUCUUCACGAAGAUGAUAGGGAUGAUAAAAAGUCAUCUGGCUUAUUGCACAAAAUUGCAUUGUUAGUCUCCCCCUUUUCCAAGUCACGAGUGUGAAUUGAAGUAAUUGUUUGUUCAUAUGUUACAGAGAAUAUCUUUGGUCAAAAAUAUUUGUUGACAUUGCAUUGAUAGAGAAGAUAGUUUCAGGAAGUUUGUGUUUGCAGUAUGCAUAAUAUAUGUGAUAUAUAUUUUUCUA